AUGAUUUUCUGGAAGCACCAGCGUUGUCUGGGAUGGUUGCACACAGAGAUGGGGACAAAUGAGUGGAGUUGCUCUUAUGACAUUCCCGGGCUGAAUAUACUGAGAGUCACAAAUGUUGAUUCAGGAGUCAAUAUCAUUAAGAGUAGGUUGCACGGCCAAAAGAUUCUCCUAAUUAUUGAUGAUGUGGAUCAAUUGGACCAGUUAAAAUACUUAGCUGGAAGCUCUGAUUGGUUUGAUGCCGGCAGUAGAAUUAUCAUAACAACAAGGGAUCAACAUUUGCUUCAUGCUCAUGGAGUUGAGUUCACGUACCAAGUGAAGGAGGUACAAUCUGAUGAAGCUUUGGAACUCUUCAGUUCUAAUGCCUUCCGAACAAGUAGAGUUCCGGAUGAUUAUCAAGAACUCGCAUGUAGUUUGGUAGGGUAUGCUCAAGGGAAUCCAUUAAUCCUCAAAAAUAUGGGUUCAUCUUUAUAUGGGAGAAGUAUUGAAGCAUGGCUCUCUGAAUUAGAAAGAUUAAAAAAUCUUCAAAGCAAGGGACUAAACGAAGUUGGAAGCCUUGAAAUGCCUGAAGCUGACAAGUCUGAAGCUGACGACGUCGAUGUACUAGAAGAACCAAAACCACCAGAAGAACCAGACCCGGCAGACAAUGAUACCGGCGACCCAAAGGGCUUCUCAGACUGGAUCUUUUUAAUCAUUAGCCUCAUCCUUGAGAUUAUUUCAGCGAUAUGUGAUCAGUUUUCCUCCUCAGAAAAGCCCAAAUUUGCAGUAAUUGGUGUGGUUUUGGCUAUUCUGGCUCUGGUCAUUUGCGUCUCUAAACAAAUUUACAGGGGUAGUAGAAAAAGAAAAGACGAAUCUGGGGGGUGCCAAAUGUUUUUUUGUCCUAACACAGACCGUCUUUUUGGUACUUUGCCUGACCUUUUUGGGUUAAUUUGUGGAAUCUCCCAGGGCGCAUCUUCCAUAGUUCAAUGCGUGUGCGUGCUUCGGCGUAAGGAUAAUCCUUUUAAAGUAAACCUUUUGCCUGUCAUAUUUCUUAUAUGUGUCGGUGGUUCAAAAUUAUUUGAGGACUGUAAAAGGUGCACCGAUUAUAGCGGGUCGAGGAGUCUGGGGAGGGAGAUCCGGGCGGAGAGUCAGGAUUCGGGCCAGAGGACGAUAUCUUCGGUUCCGACCACGGUUUUGGGGUCGGUGGAGGGCGGGACGGCUUCGGUGUCUUCAAAUCUUUCGACGCUGCUGUCUUUUAUUCGGAAGAGGGCCGGGACCUCGAAUGAGAUACAGGGUGAGGGGGCAUUUGGGUCCACCGGAAAUUAG